GCUCGGAACAGAGAGGCAGACUGUGGUCACUGACCGGAGACUCUGCUGGCUUUUAUUCUACUGAAAUCAGACCGCAUGUCUGACCCAGGGGUCCGCCUGCUGCCCGGAGCAAACUGCACGCAUUUCUUCAACAUAUUUAACGGACGCUGCGUUGGCGAAGGGGAGGAGGAGGAUGAAAACAUCGCCUGAUAUAUUUUUUUAACGUUUUCGCUCAUAGCCUAUUUAUGGGAGGCAGCAGCGGCUUGGUCCUUUCUUUAUUAUAGGAACGAGAUCUAUGCGGUUAGCUAUGUGAAGAGCAGAUCGCCUAGCAAUUCUCGUUUCGUGAUCCUGACGAACAAUUAUGAACAACGCUCAAGAUAUGUCGCCCGAUUUUGUGUUGAUGCGCCUGGUUUCCGUGGCCGAGGAUGACCGCUUGGACGCAGAAAACGGGAAUCUGCCGCCGGGAGGAGUGGUGGCAGGGCUGGGGAAGGAGGUCCUGGCUCACAGCGGCGUCAAAGCGGGUUUGGAUAUAAGCCGAGAUCCAACGGAGGGCCUCCAGCAUCCCAGCAGCCACCUGAACAAAGCACAGCCGAGCACCGAGGGCACGGCUGCACCUGACUCUGGGGUAACGGAGAGCCGAGCCACACUGUCCGCGCCUCCGCCGCCGCAGAGCUCCAUGGAGGCCCAGGCGUUUGACUUCGCUCCCAGCCCCGGCCUACGGCCUCAGUUGCUAGUCUUCUCCAAUAUAAUGCGGAACGGAGAGGGGAUUUUGGAAUUAGACCGUCGGAAUCAGCCGAGGGAUGCUCUGGAUCAGAGCCCGGGAUCUGGCUGCUCCAGCCCAGCGGUCAAUAACAACACUCUGAGUGUCAGAGAGGUUCAGCAGCAGCAGCAGAACCUGCUAGACCGGACAUGGGGAGCGCAUUCGCCAGCCUCUGUGGAGAUGCAGGGAGCGGCUGAGCUAUGCCACCGGCAUCGACUCAUCGCCACUACGCCAGAGUGGCCCGUGCUGACGGAGAGAUCUAACCCUCUCACCGUGAUUGACUCUAAAUGGGGAUGCGCCACCAGGGACAGGGAAGGAGCCGUGUUUGAGCUGGCCCGGCGGUUCGGGGAGCUUGGGGUUGGCGCGGUACCCAAAAUGCUGUUCAAAGCAGGCGAGCUCCCACACUGUUCGUGUCAAAGUGCACAUAGGCCGGCAGGAGGGGAAGUAGAGCCCGGCGAUGACCCAACAGAGACUAGCGACGCAUUGUUGGUGCUGGAAGGGCUGGGGAACGGGGACGUUGACGGUUUGGACAUGGACGAGUGUCCGGAGGAUGAGACAGAUGAUGAAAACGGACGCCGGGAGUUUUUACUCAACAGGAAAAGGGAAAUAGUUCAGAAAAUGUCCGGGGCUUUCUCCAUCAGCAGUUUUCAAGUGGAACUGAGGAGGCAGGUGGAGGAGACGGCGACAGAAGCAGCGCCUGCGGCGCACAUUGCCACGCAGGUGUGCAGCCUCCACGGGAACUUAUCCGGCCGCCUCUCGCAGGUAAGCUGUGGGAAUACAGAGGUUGUCACGCAUGCUUCAGCCAAGUCAUCGUCGACUACCCCGGCCCAGAGCUCGCCCUGGGCCACAAGCCCGAACCUGAGCCAGGCAUCGACACCCAGAAGGCGGCCGGAGCGGUGCGCCAGUGCGCCCCGGACUCCCACGGGCAGGGCCACGGGCGGGGAAAAGAUGCUCAAAGUUCCAGGGAAGUCAAAAAAGGGCUCGUUAAAGAUCAGACUGAGCAAAUUGUUCCGGACUAAAAGCUGCAGCGGCUCCAGUCACCUUUUGGACAAAAGGCCCUCAGUGACUUAUUCAGUAUCUUCUGCCGGAAGUCUGGUGGACAUGGCGUGUGCAGCGGGUGCUGAGCAGGAUGCAGACAGCCACAGCCAGCCCAGACUGACCAGGGCCCACAGUGCCUUUUCCCCAGCCUCCCUCUCUGCCUCUCUCUCAACUUUCACUGGUGAGACCGUUUCUCUAGUGGAUGUGGAUAUUUCACAGCGAGGGGCGAAUACGCCACACCCACACCCACCUACACCUCCACCCCCUCCUCGUCGAAGUCUCAGUCUCUUAGACGACAUAGCCGGGCCCCAGCCUGGGCCUUUCCUAGUGAGCGUCAUGGGCGCCUCUCUGCAGUCUCUUCCUCUGCCUCUCCCUCCUCCUCCUCCUCCUUCCCACACUACCAUCCAGCACAGUCUCAGCCUCAAUGAUGCUUUCCUACGGGCCCUUCCUCAUUCCAACCCAUCAUCAGCUGAUGCUCCACCCCCCAUCAGACAGGCCCCACCCCCCAUGCUGUGUGCCCUGCGGCGGUCGGAAGCCAGCAACUUCACCGCCAGUCUGAGAGAACUGGAGAAGGUACUGUCGAGGAUGACACCCAAGCUUUUCACAGAGGAAGAAACGAAGACCGGGACGUUCAGUUUGUGGUGUCACCCGAAGUUUGAGGACCGCUGUCACUCUGUGGUGGAGUUCAUCGAGCGAGCCAUCAUGCACUCCAAAAAUGGGAAAUUCCUCUACUUCCUCCGCUCCAGAGUCCCAGGACUACCUCCCACUCCGGUUCAGCUGCUGUAUCCUGUGUCUCGCUUCAGCAACGUGAAGUCACUUCAACAUCUCUGUCGCUUUUGCAUCCGACAAAUAGUCCGCAUCGACCACAUCCAAGAGCUUCCACUGCCCAGACCGCUGAUCUCCUACCUGAGUAAGUUUUAUUACUAUGACCCUGAGGAGGAGAUGUACCUGUCAAUCAAGAGCAUCCGGAGGGUAGUGGGAGUAGGGCAGGAGGCCGAGUCGCAGACGUAGCAGCAGAGCUCUUCUCAGCUCGAGUUUUGCUGUGGAGGACUGUACUGUCUGUACUGGUCUACCAGUCUUCCAGCAUCGGCCAAUCAGAGUCCCUGGAAAUCUGUGUGUCCAAUGUGACUGGGAUGGAUCCUCCUAUGUGUGGAUUUGGACUAAUGAGAGGAAUGAUGUGUGCUUGCAGUUGAAUCGUGGUGCAUAUGCAGUGGACUCAGUGACUUCUGAGGAGGGACUGUAGAGAUACGCUCACCUGAAAACAUGUCGACAGGCACAAAAACAGAGCCUGAAUUAUGAACUCAAUUUCCUGAACCUGUUGAAAUGGACUUUUAAAACACAAUGCACUGGUCAAUUUGUACAACUGUUGUUUGCUGCCAUUUCCUUGUUUUUCCUUCCAUUUUGUCAAAAAAAGGGAUUUUGGAUUAAAAGAUGUCUUCAGUACCGGUAUACACACAGAGGCAGGGCCACAGAGGCCUGUCAAAUCAUUUGGUGUCUUCAUCAUCUGAAACUGAACCCCCAAAGUUGGACCCUAUGAAUCAGCUAAAAAAGUUUUUUGCUUUUUUUUUUUAAAUCCGUGAGUAAAUUUCUUCAUUUUAUUUAAACUCAUCUAAUGUUAUAUGACACAAUUUGAGGAACUCCUCAAGUUGUAUAAGUUGUAUAUGGAAUAUAUUAAGAGUAUUGACUGUGGCUUUCACUUGCAGCAACCAGCACUGGUUAUUUUCACUAUUAUACAUUAAUCAGUGUGCCAGCUAUUUUUUAAAAGUGGCAAUAGGCAUUUUUCGCUAUAACCCAACUUUCUAAACUGGACUCCUUGUUUUUAAAAAACAAACAAACACCCACUUCUAUUGGGUAAAUAGCUAGCCAACUGUUGCUACUUUAUGUGAACCUACUAUGAGCUUUGAGUGCUAAAACCCAUUGAGUUAAUUCUGAGAUACAAGCUGUUUUGCUUUAAGUCUUCUUUGUCUUUGGCCUCUCAACAAUAUAGGCACAAUAUGAUUGUUCUACUGUCCGCGAUUUCAUCUGUGGUAGCUACCAGAAACCAAAAGUGCUAUCCUCAUUUUGUUUGUGUUAGCAAGCCUAUGGUCCCCAGAGAUUUACCUGUUGGUAGUCAGAGCUGCUGAGUGUAAGUGUUGCUUAUGAGCAACCAUUUAGAAGGCAGUUGGUAUGCUUAUUCUAUAGGCAUUUCAAUAUAUAGUCAUCACUGGAUGAUUUUUUGUGACGUUUUGUGUCAUAUUGUUAAAAAUAUCUAUUUAAUUGAAAUAAGAACAUGGUAGAUGGUUUUGAUCUUCUUAAGACAGCAUCCUAAACUAAUCUGGGUCCACAUACUGGCCACCUUGUUAGGUACCCCUGUUUAACUGCCCAUUAAGACAAAUAUCUAAACAGCCAAUCACAUAGCAGCAACUUGAAUGAAUUGAGACAUAUAGACAUGGUCAUUAUCACCUGCUGAAGUUUAAACUGAGCAUCAGAAUGUGGAAAAAAUGCGAUUUCUUUGUUGGUGCCAGACAGGCUAUCUCUCACACAACUAUCUCUAGGUCUAUCUCACAGCCCAUUGUUCC